AAGAGGGACUUUGAUCAACGCUCGGGGGCCCAACUCGUCACUUUAAAAAAUGCUACUCUUCUCGGACAGUCUCAGAGCGGAGCUGCUUGAAAGGAAUCCACAUUUCAUAACCGGCUUUUAAAUAACCAACGAGAUGGCGAACGCAGACAAACUCAUAGAACACGUCGGAGACUUUGGACCUUUCCAGAAGAAGAUUGUCACACUCGGUUCAUUUCCGUGCGUAUUUUUUGCUUUUGUGCUCGUCGGAGUGGUUUUCUUGGGUAACACUCCGGAUCACUGGUGCUUAAGUCCAGGGACUGAGCGACUCCAGGAGGAAUGUGGCUGGACAGAGGUUGAGGUGCGAGUCGCGACCGUUCCCCACGCUGAGGAGCCGGCAUCUUUCAGCCGCUGUCAGAGAUUUGCCGUGGACUGGAGCAAAAGCCAAAACAAGUGCGUUGAGAUCGACUGGUGGCUGACUUCUAACGAGACCCAGCCGGUCCGUUGUGACAUCGGGUGGGUUUUUGAGAACAGCCACACAACUAUUGUUUCUGAGUUUUCAUUGGUCUGUGAGAAAUCCUGGCUCGCUGAUUUGAAUCAGGUUCUGCUGGCAAGUGGAUUUUUUGUCGGCUCAUUUGUCACUGGCUAUGUGGCUGACAGGUUUGGCAGAAAGCCAUGUUUCAUUGUGUCGAUGGUUGGCCUGAGUAUUUCAGGCAUAGGUGUCGCGCUGUCUCCAUGGUACCCGCUGCUGCUCGUCUUUCGAUUCUUACAAGGCUUUUGGGGAAAGGGAGCGUGGACGGCCAGUUAUGUGCUCGUGAUCGAAUUCUUCGGAUCAGGCAACAGGAAAUUUGUUUCCAUGGUCGGUCGGACAUUCUACUCCACCGGCAUGGUCAUCCUCCCUGGCCUGGCUUACUUUCUGAUCUCUUGGAGGUCUCUGCAGCUGGCCAUGAGUCUUCCUUGUAUGCUGUUCAUCUCAUACCACUGGCUUGUUCCUGAAUCUGCACGCUGGCUGAUCUCACAGAAGAGAACAAAAGAGGCCAUGAAAAUUGCUGCCGACAUUGCAAAAUGUAAUGGGAGAUGUUUACCACAUAAUCUCCAGGAGGCAAGUCUCCUGGAGGAAAAGAAAGAAGUGCAUCCUGUGUCCAUUAUGGAUCUGUUGAGGACACCAAACAUGAGAAAAAACACACUCAUUUUAACCUACGCCUGGUUCACAAGCACUGUUGUGUUUCAAGGCCUGGUCCUGCGGCUGGGAAUCACAGGCGACGACCUCUUCUUGGAUUUCUUAAUCUCCGCUGUAGUGGAGCUUCCCACCGGGCUCAUCUUCUAUCUGGUGGUCGACAGAGUCGGCCGGCGCUCCCUGAUGGCCAUCACUAACUUCACUGCUGGUAUCGCCUGCCUCGUGGUUCCCUUUGUGUCCAGAGAUUUUGCCUGGUUGAAAAAGUCGAUCGCGAUCAUCGGGAGGCUCGCUGUUUCGGUUGGACUUGAGACUGUGAACUUUGCAAACACAGAGAUGUAUCCAACAACUCUGAGAAACUUAGGUGUGUCAGUGUGUUCAUCGGCGAGUGACAUUGGAGCCAUUGUGGCUCCAUUCCUGCUCUACAGACUGGCCAACAUCUGGAAGGAGCUGCCUCUUUUGGUUUACGGUGUGAUGUCCGUGGUGUACAGUGCCCUGGUGAUGAUGUUGCCCGAGAUGAGUGGAGUCGUCCUGCCAGAGACCGUGGAGGACGUUGAGAAUCUGGGAAGGAGGAAAGGAAAAUCAAGGAAAACGCAAGGACACAGCGUGAUAAUAUGAAGACACUGAAGCUCUGAAGAGCAGCGACAUUGGUGGAUUAUUUCCUGCAGUUCUGUGUUUUAACAUCACGUCUUGUUGGAGUCUGCUCAUUAGAUUUAUAACCAGUUGUUUAUGGGUUAUGCAGCCUUGAGUUACAUUAUUAUUGAGUGUUUAUAGAGUUUUGCACUCUGAAGAGAUAAAACUAAGAGGGUGCAGCGACGCUAAUUUUCGGGCAUUAACAUUAUUUAUAACUGAUGAAUUAACAUCACCAUCCACUAAUGGCAAUAAGGGUGACGGGACUUACAACACUCAGAUUUCUUAAAACAGCGAUUAACCUUUGCUUUAAAUAUUUGUCUGUUACCUGACACAAUAUGUCCAAAGCUCACAUUAAAGAAAUUAGAAGGAAAUUGAUGGCUUUUUUUUUUUUUUUACCAUUCUUCUUUUUAUCAUUAUCAUUCAAAAGGGGGAAGAACUGCAGACCAUUGCGUAGACCUCUCCCGGCUCAUGUUGAUCAGUUGGUCUAGUAUUUGAGAGAUGAAGAUGAAACACAAGAUGAGUCGUCUCGUGGACAUUUGACUUAAUCACUCCCGUUUCUUUUUUGGUUAACGCCAGUCAGAGUGAUCUCUUUCCUGAACGAGCU